AUGUCUCCGCAAGAAGACAAGAGGCGGCCUGCCGCCCUCAACCUCGCCCCUGCUCGAUCAGCAUCCACAGAUUCGUCGUCCUCCGAGUCAUCACUGAAGCCCCCUCGCACUCCUCGCUUUGCGGAAGCCACAUCAGUUCACUCACCUGUGGAGGGUACUCGAUCACCCUUCGCCGACCCCAUCAGAUCCGAAGUGCCUCAGUCUCAGCCUGGGGAUAUCGGGUUUGGAUACAUCAACAACAGCAGCAGCAACCGCGAGUCCGUCGCUGUGCCUAUGACUCCGAGAUCACCACUCAAGAGCGCCAUGAGGGUGCCCGGGACCCCGGCGAGGAAGAUCGAGAACCCGCUCAGCCCAACCUUCCGAGAGGAGGAUAUUUUGGAGAAGCGCGAGGAGGCAACUGACAAGGAACAAGCACGCGACCUGAAAAUCAAGACCCGCGUCCGCAUGGCCAAGUUCGCCCUUCGUGGCGUCAGCUUCAGCUGUAGUUUGAUCAUCAUUACCAUGCUCGCAGCUUCUUUCCAGAUUUUCAACGCUACCAAGCGCCUGCCUGCUCAAAGCGGUCUCCCGGCAUGGGCAGAAGGCACUGCCAUCUGGCCCCAGGUUCUGGUUAUUACUAUGUCUUCCAUCUCUCUUCUCGUUUGUAUCGCUGUCAUUCUCUCCUACUGCCGCGGCGGUCAUCAUCGUGCUGAGAAAGUUGCCACCUACUACACCCUCUUCGCUAUCGGCUGCUUUAUUCUUUCCAUGGUGAUGUGGGCUGUCGCCGCCGGUAUCUUCCAGUCAAGCCGAAGCAAUGGCGGCGGCAAGGACAUGUGGGGUUGGUCUUGUAAGGAAAAUAAGCGCGCCGAGGUCUUUGGCGACAAGGUCGACUACGCCCUCAUCUGCCGACUUCAGAACUGGGCUCUUAUCUGCAUGGUUAUUGAAAUCGUCAUCGAUGUCAUUUGCGUCCUGCUCUACAGCAUCAUUUUCUACCGAUACUACACCAAGCGCCGCCUUCACAAGUCCAUGGACAUGCGCGACCGUGCCCGUUCCGAUCUCUACCUGGCUCAGCUCCGGACCCAAUCGGCUCCGAACACUCCCGGCCUUAAGUCGCCCGGCCUGUACUCUCAGUAUGCCCUGUCCCCUCGCCACCCCGACAAGACCUUCGACAACCUAUCCCGUAUCGAGGAGGCCUCCCCCUUCACCCCCGGAACCCGUUUCGUCGAGCCCGAGUCCAGCUUCAACAAGCCCAAGCCCACCUUCCAGCUACAAGCUCCUCCGGCCAAGGCACGCUCGGCGACUAAGCCCGGCCAGGGCUCCUUCACGCCCACUUCGCCAGAGGGUCCCGCUCCGUCAUUCCCUUUCCAGCAACAACCUCAGGCACAGCCGCAAGAGCAGUCCCAGCACCAUGCGCCAAUGGCUGCCGACGAGCCGGUCUACGACGCUGUGCCGAUUCCCGGGGCCUACGCUGAUGCGCCGGUAAAGAGUCCGCCGCCACAUCAGUACUCCUUUGGCCAAGCGAGAUGA